AUGGUGCCUGGCAGAUGCUUGUUUCUGCUUGUGUUCCUCUGCAACUUGGUGCGUGCACUUGGCAACUGCUUGAAUGCCAGCGAUGUGGUGCCAGUGGCUGAUCGCAUCAACAUUGUUGUUAAUGGGGAAAGCUUGCCCAUUGGGUUUUCGAGCCCAGAUUGGGAUUCGGCCAAAAUCUAUAGCCGCAUUGCGGAAAUCAUCACACAGGAGAUCUUGGGGUUUAAUACUCAGAUGGGCCCGCACGGAGAUGAAUCUCAAUCAGCCUACAAACUUGUUGCAGAAGGCAACAGCAUACACUUCUUGAGCGAGAUUUGGUCCUCUUUCACUGCUGAGAUCAUAGCAUUUGAGGCGGCAAAUCCAAGUUUGGCUUUGCCCUUGCUGAAGACGUUGGACUACAAGGGACGGGAUGGAAUGCAUAUUUUUCCCAAGUCCUCUGAGCCCUAUUACGACUCCAAUGGCAGGUCGUUGGAGUUCUACCAGUACUUCAACGCUUCGGUCUUGACUCUCACGACGGAGUUCUCCCCAAUCUCUGCCUUUGACAUCAACAGCCUUUCAGCUUGUGAUGGGUCCGAGUCAGGUCCCACGGAGCAAAGCUACUACUUGUCAGCCACAGGCGAUGCAGGUGCUUUCACCGUGCUGAACGGAGUGCGGACAUGGAAUUGCCAUCAGGGAAAAUGGUGGCUGUCCCCUGCGUGUCGAAACGAUCCAAGCACCUGUGUGCCGCUGCUGACUCACCUCUUUUGGGGUUGGAGUGAAAUGAGACAAAAGGCCGCUUACUUCAACAUGCCCAUUGCCAUGGGCAGCACACCCUCCGCCGAGCUCUAUGUCGAAUGGCCGAAGAAUCAUAAGAUGUUGGCCUACUGGUGGACCCCGGACGAUAAGUUCAAAGCGGAGGGCGCUUUGCAGAUGUUCUUUCCAGAUCACAAUCCGGGCGAAUGGGACGUUGGUGUGAAAACCAGCAUGCCAGCAGAAGAGCCCUUGUGGGCCUACUACAAGCCAGGAGUGGAUUCUGCUGCGCCCAAAGUCUUCUUGGUCCUUUCCAACAUGGCUCUGUAUGAUGAUGACAUGACUCACCUUCUGAACGAAGUGGUGCGCUUGCGGACUCAAGUAGUGUCGAACAUUGUUGACACGGUCGCAUGCAACUGGCUCAACAACAACGUGGCGCGUUGGCGAGCUUGGAUUCCCAUUGCAACAGAGUGUACACGAAGCCUUGGCUUUGGUAUGACUGCCGAGAAUGGGACCUUCGUUUUAGACCGAGCGCAUGCGACGGGCUGCACACUCUGCAGUCCGGGCAAAUACGCUUCGUCCUAUGCAGAUGAUGUGGGGCAGUCGGCGGUCUGCCUGGCUUGCCCCUCUGGAUCAGCUCAAGAUCGCGGUGGUCAAACAGAGUGUGCGGAGUGUGCUGCGGGCACUUAUCGAGUAGAUUCAGGUGUUCGUUGCAGUCCUUGUGGGAAGGGUACUUACCAACCAGCGGUGGCACAAGACAGCUGCCUGACAUGUAUGAGUCCCAUGACGACCGUCACGGUGGGAAGUGACACCCAGGAGCUUUGCAUUUGCCCGGCCGGCACCUUCCAGCCUUGCCUGGGUGGUGGAACACGAUCGGAGUGCGCCUGUCCGGCCUCCUUUUACACAAGUUCGAGUUCUCGUUGUGUGGAGUGUCCGGAGGGCAUGUAUUGCAACGAAGGCUCUGACGAACAGUUCUUCCCGUGCUCGGUGGGUGAGAUGCAGAAUUCCACGUCGAACCCCUACCCGAAGCCGAGUGAAGGGUAUUUUGUUCUCUUGGAGAAACCCACCGAUGUCUACAAGUGCAUUGAUGAGCCCUCCUGCCCUGGGGACUUUGCUGACCAUUGUGGUGAUGGCUUGAUGGGAGUCGCCUGCGGGGCGUGUGCGGCCGGCUUCUACAAACAAGCAGGCUCAUGCAAUGAAUGUGGCGAUUUGGAGCAGAACCCGCUCUUUUUGAUCUUGCCUUUGCUGGUUUCUCCCGUUUUCGUCUUUGCCUUCUACAAGGUCUCCCUUGUGGACGUGCACCUGUGGGGAAGGACUGGUCAAGGCUUUGGUGGCAUUGGUUACUUGAUGCUCGUCUACGUCCAGACGGUCUCAGUGAUCAUCUCGAUCUUCCCAACUUUACCUGCCACGUUGGCGGGUGGCGCCUCGACGUGUCAGCCGCGACGUAUGCGUCGGGAGGUGCCGGGUGGGGAGUCGGGCGAUUGGUGA